AUGGGCGGCAGGACGGUUGCUUCCGGUGUAGUGCGGGUCAAUGCUGCCCAGCCCUCCGUUGCACAGCCCUCCGCUGCUCUGCCUCCGGCUGCUCUGCCGUGCCCAUCGUGGGUUCUCGCUACUGGCACCGCUGUGCACGUUGCUAAAGACCGGUCAUGGUUCUGCGUCGACUACCGGCCAAUCUCAUCGGCGCUGACUUCUGACGCGCCCGUCAUUGGUAUGGGCACAAUGCAUCUCCCCGUCAAACAGACGCCCGGGGCCAGGAAUCGCGGACACGGCACCCUCACGCUGCGAGACGUCCUUCACGUCCCCUCUGCGCUCUGCAACAUUGUCGGCACGCCGGUGUUCCAAGACUACAAUGUGUCCCUCGGAUCCGGCCCAGGGUCAGACGGCAGCAUCAGCCUUUUCGAUGGCACCCCGGUUGCCUACAUUACGCCCGGACGCCGACUCCCGGAAGUCAGACUGAGCGGUCCGCCUAUCGGGCCGCGCGUCGGCCCUUCACCGUUUAAGCCGGAUGCCAUAUACUGGAUCAAGGCGGCAUGGUCCGAGACGGAGCGCGAGAAAUGGCUGGACGUGGACGCAGCAUUGGCGUCGGGCGACGCGCCGCAGACACCGGCUCACCCUUCUGAUGAGGAAGAGAGGUGGUUGAAGCGGCACGUUGACGGCGGAUUCGAAGUCAUCUGCGACGUUUCAUGCUCAGCAACCACAACGACGAGGACCGCGAAGUAG